UUAAAUAAAGUGCAUAAUAACAUCCUACAAUGCAUUAGAUUGAAUGAAUCAAGUUUCGUAAUGAGAGAUAAUUUCUGCAUAUAAAUAAGUUACAUCCUUUUCAUAUUGGUAGAACUGAAGUCAAGUCAUAGCAAGUCAAAGUACAAAAAAUUGCGUAAAUGUUUUAACUUUGUUCUGUGGGGGGGCGUCCACCAAAUGAAAAUUCCAAAUUUUGUCAAAAGUCUUCUAGUGGGCCUUCCAGUUGGUGUUACUAUAUUAGAUACUGUCGGGUAUGUGGCCAGGGUUGAUGGCAUCUCAAUGCAACCUGCCCUAAACCCAGAUAGGGAAAGCACAGACUAUGUCUUCCUGAAUCGAUGGGCUAUACAGACACGGACUGAAAUUGAGAGAGGUGAUAUAAUAUCUAUGGUCUCGCCCAAAGAUCCAGAGCAGAAAAUAAUUAAAAGGGUUGUUGGAAUUGAAGGUGAUAUUAUAGCUACACUUGGGUAUAAAAGGGAAGUUGUUAGAGUGCCAGAAGGCCACUGUUGGGUUGAAGGAGAUCACACUGGACAUUCCAUGGACUCUAACAACUUUGGACCUGUAUCUCUUGGACUCGUCACUGCUAAAGCCUCCUGCAUUGUUUGGCCUCCAUCUAGGUGGCAGUACAUUAAGUCCUUUCUCCCUGAGAGUCGACAUCCUUUAAAUAACACUGUACAGUAAACAUGCGUGCCAUAUCGUUAGUAAACCGACUUGAGUUUGAUUUCGGUGGCAACGUUCUUCGAAAUGCUAUCACUUUGAGGGACGUUGACAAUGACGGAAAUUACGAGCUGAUUGUCGGAAAUGAAAAGGGCGAAGUGGUUAUUUUCAAAGUGAGCAAA